CUUGGUAUCUGACCAGUUCUCGAUGAUUUAGCCUUCAGCUAUACACCAGAUAUAACGCUUCAUUUAACUUUUCUUUCUCUCCGUUUCUUUCGUUGAACUAUUAGGCGUGUUUUUAUUGUUGACUGCACUUUCUUCACGUUGAAUUUGAUAAACCAUUGUAAUAAGCUGGUUUGGUAGCAAUUACUCUUUUGGGAAAUAUAUUAAACUCUUGGACCCACUCUAUAAUCACUGGUUGAGUAUAAUUAAUUAGCGUCUUAAGAAAUUACCAUUGAGUGGAACGUAGAUACCUGUGAUAGUGGAUGAUUCUUCUUGAUAAAAUAAAGGAAUGGGUAACGUAUAGAAUUGCGUAUUUCCGGUAUAGUAAAAAGUAACGCAUUUCUAAUUUGAUUGUAGGCAAUAAAAAAUGUCUGCUCCUAAUGGUGAUGUUCGGAAACAAGUCGCUGAAAAUGAUGGAAAUGAGGAAUUCGUAUCGUUUCCUGAAGUCAUCGAUGGAAAAAUCGCAACGGAAGAAUUUUUGGCGGCAGCACAAGGCAUAGUUCGAAUGGUUGAUAAAUUUGGAAAACUCUUCGCACCUGUCAAAUAUGAUAUGCAGGGAAAUAUCGACAAGAUCAAUACGAAAUAUAAUAGCAAUAGGCAGCAGCAUCUCACUCUGCAGGAUUUGAUUCUCUUGGAGAAAGCAGGAGGUCGUGAUUUGAUUGCUACUGACGCAUUAUUGUGGCUAAGAAGGGGACUUUAUAUGAUACAGUUAUUUUUUGAAGAAAUUAUUGAAGAUCAUAAAGCUGGUAGGAGGACUGAAGAUCUUGGUGCUUUUUUGAAAAAAGCAUAUAAAGAAGCUUUGGAACCAUUUCAUGGCUGGAUGGCGCAACAACUUUUUAACCUUAUAGCAAGAAUGGUACCUACAAAGACAGCUUUGCUGCAAGCCAUGGCUAAUGGGAAACCAGGUCAAGAGGAUAUUACGUUAAAGGAUUUGGAGGUAGUUCUUAUAGGAAUGAAAACAAAUGUUAUAAAUUUAUGUUCCUUCUAUGAACAAUAUAAUCUUAAUAACAAUGCGAGAGUGUAACACAUAUUGUGUGAUUCAAUGAUAUGUUCAGAAUUAAGAAGCACUGAUUAUUCCUGCCAUAUACUACUUGUCAAAAACUUAAGAUUUUAUAACGCUUGUUCAGUACUUGUAAGAGAAUUUUAUAUUUGUCUAUCACUUGAACAUGAG